CUCCCGCCGGAAAAUUCAUCUUCUCCGGCUCCGAUUUCUGCUGCAUAAAUUUGGUGACUGCGCAAUGGUGGCGAAGAAAGUGAGCAAGGGAGGCGGAGAUGCAGGAGGGGAAGGGCCCUUGCAGGCCAUCCUGUUGGCCGAUAGCUUUGCCACUAUGUUCCACCCUAUUACCCUCGAACGCCCCAAGGUACUGCUGCCACUGGUGAACGCACCUAUGAUUGAAUACACCUUGUCGUGGCUUGAAUCUGCUGGAGUUAAGGAGGUUUUCGUGUUUUGCUCUGCUCAUGCCAACCAAGUGGUUGACUAUUUGGAAAACUCCAACUGGCUCAAUCAGCCAAACUUUUCUGUUUCUACAAUCAAGUCUUGCAAAGCCAUGGGUACUGGAGAUGCUCUACGCUCGAUAUAUGAUAUGGAUGUGAUACAUGGAGAUUUUGUUCUUGUAACUGGGGAUACUGUGACCGACAUGUCACUAACCGAGGUUCUUAAACAACACAAAGAGAGAAAGAAAAGAGAUGAGGUUCUUAAACAACACAACGAGAGAAAGAAGAGGGAUAGCAUUGCAGUAAUGACUAUGGUAAUCAAACAGUCAAAGCCGUCGUCUCCAGCAACAAAUCAGGAGCUGUUUAUGGCAAUUGACCCUGAAACCAAAGAGCUUUUAUAUUAUGAUACUUCAAAGUCUGAUACGACUCGCACUCCUCUUCUCAAUGAUAAGCAGGACUGCUAUAUUGACAUAUGUUCUCCAGUGGUUCUGGAACUUUUCAAGGACUAUUUUGACUACCAGGAUUUACGCCGUCUUGUCCAGGUGUUACUUGAUGAUGAACUUGAGCGUUACAAAAUUUUCACCCAUGAAAUUCAUUCAAGUUAUGCAGAAAGGGUGGAGAGCUACAGGAGCUAUGACACUAUUAGCAAAGAUAUAAUACAGAGGUGGCCUUCUUAUCCUGUUAUUGGAAGUGGCACCACUAUUGGAAAGCACUCAGAAGUUUCCAAUUCUGUCAUUGGUGAAGACUGUGUCAUUGGAUCAAAUGUUUCAAUUGAUGGAUGCUACAUCUGGAAUAAGGUGAAGAUUGAGGAUGGCUGUAGAUUAAAGCAUGCAAUAGUGUGUGAUGGGGUGACCAUGAAGUCCGGAGUGGUUCUUGAAGCUGGCACCGUAUUAUCUUUCAAUGUCGUAAUUGGGCAAGAUUUUGUUGUGCCUGCUUACUUAAAGGUUUCUCUACUCCAACAGCCUGUCAUACAAGACUCAGACAGUGAUGAAGAGCUUGAAUAUUUAUAUGCUGGUUAUAGUAGUGGGAACGUAGAAAUCACAUCGGUAUCUGACUUGCAAAUGCAGGCUGCAUCUGAGGUUGGCGGGGCUGGUUUUAUCUGGUCAGUUGGUGAAGAAGAACGGAGGCAUUCAAUGGCGCCAAUUUCUGCCGAUCAGCUUGUUGAAAUGAUCACAUCUGCCACUGAUGAACUGGAUAUAUCAAACGCGGAAAGUACUUCAGAAGAGGUGGGACUCGAUUCUGGCGAUGAAUCUGAUUUCAAUGGAGAUAUAUCAAAUUAUGCCCGUUUCGAAAAGGAGGUUGAGGCAUUUUUUCUAAAGACUAUACACGAAGAUAUAGAAGAAGAGCGUAUAAUAUCAGUAGUUACGACACUGAGGUUGUUGUAUGAACUGGAUUCUACUCAUUCUGCCAGCGCGUUGUUCUACGCGAUGAUGAAGUAUGCCGUGGACACUCCCCAUGAUAACUCUGCAUAUGAACUGUUUCAGAUCACUGAUGGUGUGAUUGAACUUUGGGGAAAGCUUUUGAAGUAUUUCCUGCCUAGCAUAGAUGAAGAGAUUGAGGUGCUACUGAAGUUUGAAGAAAUGUGUGUAGAGUCUACAACAGAAUAUGAAUAUCUAUUUCCCAAGAUUUUGCAUCUUCUAUACGACAAAGGCAUUUUGCAAGAAGACGCUAUACUAUGUUGGGCAUCGGAAAAGGAGCACGCUGAUGAGUCGGAUAGGGUUUUCGUGAAGAAGGUAGAGGAAUUUUUACAGCGGCUCAAGGAGCGUCGGGAGAAGAAGGUUUAGGAGUGAUGUGAUGCUUCUCUCUCUGUUUUGAUACAAAAAACUUACAAGCCAAACAAGGAUGCCUAUAUUACUUUUUUUUUUUAUUAGAGAAGACAUUUUGGUUAAUAUUAGAGUUGAAUUUGGACAUGUUUUAGAAUUUUUGUAGAGAACUUUUUUUUAGAUUGGUACUACUAAAUUACAUUUAUUGUCAAUA